ACGCGAGGGCUAUUGGCUCACUCCGCCGACUUCGAUCCCGCAAUUAGGCCUGUACUGAGGAAAAGAACUAGUCGCAAUUGGUAGACAAAUAGAUCAUUCUACGCAAUUUGUAAAGCCGUAGUCGCUGAAUUGAAUCACGACUAGAGAUCACCUAUCAAAAUGUGGCAUGCUGCUGAAACCAAGUCACCGAACCUGAACGAAAUCAAGGCAGAUGAUACUUUAGAAACAGCCAUUAGCAGCCAUGACUCUCCUGUAGAUAAGGGGAAGUGCGCUUUCCUAUAUCUGUUGGCUAUGUUCACUAUUGAAACAAUUGUAUGGGGAUUUGCUACCUCGUUUGGCGUGUUAUUCAACUUUUAUCAAUAUGAUCCACGCAGCCCAAUAAAGCCGGAGCCGAAUUCUAAACUCAUACUCACUCUUGUUGGAACAAUCAACACCGGUACGAUUGCUAGUGCAGCGCCAUUCUUCUCUUUUUGGAUGGCCAAGAAACCAGGCAUAAGGCGGCGAUUGAUGCUGGCGGGUCUGCUAACAUGCACACUGAGCUUAUUCUUGUCUGCUUAUUCAACUUCUGCCCUUCAUAUUCUCUUGAGUCAAGGGAUAGGAUACGGCAUUGGCGGGUGCGCGUUAUAUUAUCCAGCCCUUUCUCAUCUUCCGGAAUGGUUCGAAUUAAGGCAAGGGUUUGCAAACGGAUUGGUUUUCACGGGGACGGGUAUCGGAGGUUUGGUAUUCCCUCUGGUCCUAAACAGCCUUCUUGGGAGGUAUGGCGCAAAAUUAGCCUUGCAGAUUACCGCGGCAUUGUUUGCAGUUCCCAUUUUCUUCGCAAUCUUCCUCAUCCACCCGAGACCUCCGGAUCGUUGCCAGCGGCAAGAAAGCGCGACCCAAUCUAUUUCCAGUCACGAAAAGCAGGUCCUCCCUAGUUCAGGAAACUUGUUCCUCAAGUUUUAUCAGUGUUUGACUGGUGUAUUUUGGACUUAUAUAUUCAUGAACACAAUUCAAUCAACCGCGUUUUACUUACCAGGAUUGUAUCUUCCAACCUAUAUCCAUUGUCUCGGGCGUGGAAGCGUGACGGGAAGUGCUCUUCUGUCUAUUCUCAAUGCUGGAACAAUAUUUGCGCAACUCGCAGCUGGUGUCCUAUCAGACCACUAUUCACCCUUUCUGAUUGGCCUCACAGCUAAUGUUCUAGGGGGUGCAAGUGUACUCACCUUGUGGGGUGCUCUGAGUCAAAAUGGGGUUGGAUGGCUAUUUGUCUUCUCGGCUGUCUAUGGUUCUACGGCUGGUGCAUGGACAAGCUUAUAUUUCGGGGUUUUGAAACAUUUUGUCUCGGACCGAGAGCUGAUGUUUUGUGCCUACGGAAUUCUCGCCAUGACUCGAGGAAUAGGCUUCAUCCUGGGAGGGACAAUUUCUUCAGAACUUGUUUCUUCAACUCUGACAGAUCUAACCCAAUGCAACGGCUUUCCCAAAGGUCCAUUCUCUGGCUUGAUAUGGUUCACAGGCCUGAUUUUCCUGAGUAGCGGAUUACUUGGCAGCUUUUUAUGGAUUCACUUUAGGCCACCAUCAAAAACGGUUCAAGAGUCUUGCCAAAUCAAGAAUAGAGGAAAGAGCGACACUCUCUCAAAGUGUUAAGGGAAUCAAAUCUCUUAUCUUUUUUAUAAGACUUCAUUUUCCAUCCUUGUUCCACACUCUUAUGCUCAAGCAAAUCAGAUAUACAAUCCUAAAAUCAAGCAGGAUGGAUUUGAAUAUGUACAACAGAAUUAUCAUGUAACAGUAUUCGAAAGGCCUUAUAAAGUGCUAACCGAAGAACUCAGCAACGGGAAUUGAAGGAAAUUCAAUAGAAUUCUUUGCCAUCGAAA